AUUUUUAUUUUGGCAAUCUGCCUCGCUCUUUUUGUCGACGUUUUGGAAUUGCUUUCAAAUAUGAAAUCAUGAAAAUUCCCGACAUCAAGUUUUGUCACAAUCCCUCAAAAAAAAAAAAAAGUCUUGUCGCAAAGAUUUUGACGCAGAAACAAGCACUCUCCCGCCAUUGAUCCGCUUCAAGUUUUUCCCACAUUGACAAGCUUUAGAUUUUACCUUUAUUAGUCGCCACAAUCUUUGAUACUAAUUCUUACGACAAAACUCUUAAAUCCUAUGUAUGCAUAAACUUGAUUGCCCAAUUCAAUCAUGAAAUACAGAGGGAAAAGGGUUUUGGGGUUGGAGUCAAACCUAACAUUGCCGAUUGUUUUCUUUCUGUGCUUCUGCUUCUUUCUUGCUGGUCUAUUUGGAUCCAUCAUCAUAUCUCAGGAUGUGAAUAGGGGUGUAUCCAGGCAUAAAUUGCUGCAAGAUGUUGGAUACGAACAAGGGAAUUCAAUGGUUCAUGGUGAAAGUGGAGAGUCUUCCGUCACUUCUAUCCCAUUUCAGAUCCUGAGUUGGAGACCACGGGCUAUCUAUUAUCCUGAUUUUGCCUCAGAUGAACAGUGCCAAAAUAUAAUUGAACAGGCUAAGAGAAAGCUCAAACCAUCAUCUCUUGCUCUGCGCGAGGGAGAGACUGCUGAGAGCACAAAGGGUAUUCGGACAAGUUCCGGCGCAUUCCUUAGUGCAUCAGAAGACAGUACAGGAAGUUUGGAAUUUGUUGAGGAGAAAAUUGCUAGAGCAACUAUGUUACCAAGGAGCCAUGGGGAGGCUUUCAAUGUUCUGCGUUAUGAAGUGGAUCAAAGAUAUGUAUCUCACUAUGAUGCAUUUAACCCAGCAGAGUAUGGCCCACUGAAGAGCCAACGGGUUGCUUCCUUCUUAUUAUACUUGAGUGAUGUCGAAGAAGGUGGAGAAACCAUGUUCCCGUUUGAGAAUGGAUUAAACAUGAAUCAAGGAUAUGAUUACCAGAGCUGCAUAGGUUUGAAGGUGAGGCCAAGACGAGGAGAUGGCCUUCUGUUCUAUUCCCUAUACCCAAACGGAACAAUAGAUCCGACCUCGCUUCAUGGAAGCUGCCCUGUUGUGAAGGGGGAAAAGUGGGUGGCAACGAAAUGGAUCAGAGACAAAGAAAAAGGGUCAUCUUUGUAAUUUGCUUGUUUUUAAUCCAACCAUUCAGCUAAAUAAAAGCCUUAUGUGAUGAUGUUGAUGUUGUGACUUGAAACUUGAUCAUUAUUUGAUGAUCUUGGAAUUGGAUAUUUAGCCUUAAAACUUGGCUAAAAUUAACUUA